AUGAACCCACCCAAGGAGGUGAAGACACCCAGACAAGCAGGUGGAAAAGUGUUUUCUCCGCUGGCCACCAAGAAGUCACCUUUUGCUUCCAGAGGGAGCAAACUGGACCAGAGGCCUCCAUCACAGGUGCCCUCCAUCCCAGGAAGCAGGGGAACUGGCCGCCUCGAUCUGUGGCAGGGCCCACAGCACUACCAGGACGAGAACAAGGAAGCAUGGGAAGAACUGGCCACCUACUGCCCGGCCGCCAAGCAGAGACUGCAGCAGAGGUCGUGGGGUUGCACUGAGCAGCCAGGAGCCAGGGACCAUGAUGAGGGCUGCUGCCUCCCAGGAGGCCAGACUCACAGAGCAGGGAAGGUGGUCCAUACAACGCGGGCUCCCAGAGCCUUGAUAGACCCUGGAGAUGGAGAUGCCGGGCAGCCCAUGCUACGCAGCCACCAGCACUAUACCCUGGCCGUCCACAUGACACACCGGGACUGGGAGGACGUGGCCUGGCGGGAGCUGCUGGAACAGAGGCUGGGGAUGAGCCCCACCCAGAUCCAGGCCUUGCUGCGGGAUGGGCCCAUCGCUGGAAGGGACGAGAAGGACAUCUUCCAGGGGGAUAUCCUCCAGCACCUGAUCCUCUUUGGGCAGGAGGCCUGUCCAGACUGGGCUCUCGAGAGGAAAGUGACUGAGAGACCAGAACAUGCUGAUACCAUGCAGUCCCCAUUGCGCUCUGGACUUGCCCACCUGGUUCUGUCUGAAUCGGCCUGUGCUGUGGUGCCCACUUGGUGCGGGGCUGGGGGCAGGGACUCCUCUCAUGUGAUGCUGCUCUGGAAUCAGUGA